GCUAAUUACCUUGUACUGAUACUGGAGCAUAGGUACGGUAGCACGCACGAUGUCGCUUCUCCUGGGCAUGCUCCUCGCGAUGCACCUGUUCCAACGGCGCGACGCCGCCGCGGCAGAGAGGGUCCCGGCAGUGAUCGUGUUCGGCGACUCGACCGCGGACACGGGCAACAACAACUUCAUCCAGACACUCCUCCGGGGCAACUACACGCCUUACGGCCGGGACUUCGCCGGCGGGGCUGCCACCGGGCGCUUCUCCAACGGCCGCCUCGCCGCAGACUUCGUCUCCCAGGGGCUCGGCCUGCCUCCCUCUGUGCCAGCGUACCUCGACCCUGGCCACAGCAUCCACCAGCUCGCGUCGGGUGUCAGCUUCGCCUCGGCUGGCAGUGGGCUCGACGAUAUAACGGGGCAAAUCUUUUCAGCAGUGACUUUGACGCAGCAGAUAGAGCACUUCAAGGAGUACAAAGAGAAGCUCCGGCGUGGGAUGGGGGCCGCCGCCGCGAACCACAUCGUCGGUCGUGCACUCUACCUCUUCAGCGUGGGCGCCAGCGACUUCCUGGGCAACUACCUCCUGUUCCCCAUCAGGCGCUACCGCUUCACCCUGCCAGAGUACGAGGCGUACCUCGCCGGCGCGGCCGAGGCGGCGGUGCGCGCCGUGUACGCGCUCGGCGCGAGGCGGGUCCACCUCCCGGGGCUGCCGCCGCUGGGGUGCCUCCCGCUGCAGCGGACCGUCAACCGCGCCAGCCCCGGGGACUGCAACAGGUGGCACAACAUGGUGGCACGGAGAUUCAACCGCGGGCUCAGGGCGAUGGUGACCAGGCUCAACCGGGAGCUGCCGGGGGCUCAGGUGGUGUACAUCGACGUCUACCGCCUCUUGUCGAACAUGAUCGCCAGGCCAUCGGCGUAUGGUUUCGAGAAUUCAGUGCUUGGAUGCUGCGGCACCGGAUACUUCGAGACAGGAGUGCUGUGCAGCUUGGACAAUGCACUCACAUGCCAGGAUGCGGAUAAAUACGUCUUCUUUGAUGCGGUCCAUCCAUCACAGAGAGCCUACAAGAUCAUAGCCAACGCAAUUGUACAUGCUGCGUCAGCGUCACACAGACCCGAGUAGUAGUGCCAUUAUCUCGUUCCGGUGAACUUGAAUUUCAUACAUAUGCACGGGUUGUACUCAUUCUAACAAUCUAAUGUUCAUUCAAUGUAAGAAGUAAGCAUACGGGUUAUGACGUAUUUUGUACCGUUGUCCUGACUAGUACAUAACACAUAUAUACCACCCACUUAUGUGUAAAAUACUACGUCUACCAAAUAUCAAUUCAUGUUAAUGGUUUACAUCACUGCU